AUGUCCGAUAGCAGAUCUCUCGACGAUUUGGCCGCCGCGCCCGCGGUCGGGAGGGAGGAGCAUUUGCGAGACGUGUCGACAGAUUCGCUACAGUCCACGCCCGAGCCGGAGCCUGAAGCAUCGCAGGAGCAUAAUCUUCAGCAACCGAAGCGAAAAGGUGGGCGCAAGCCGAUCUAUGCCACGUCCGAGGAGCGGAAGCAGCGCAACCGACAAGCGCAGGCGGCCUUUCGUGAACGGCGGACCGAGUAUAUCAAGCAGCUGGAGGCCACCAUCAAGCAGCAUGAGGAGACGCUGCAAACCCUCCAGGCCAACCACCGCAAUGCCGCGGACGAGUGUCUGAUGCUGCGGUAUAAGAACUCGUUGCUCGAACGAAUCUUGCUCGAAAAGGGGAUCGAUGUUCAAGCCGAACUCCAUGCGAAAGGAGGCAGUCCUCAACUCGGCGCGACCCGAACGACCACCGCACCAACACCCAUUUCCAACCAAGCCCGCUUCAGCUUUCCCCGAGCAGCAACCAACCCAGCCCGCCGCUCCGUCGGCGCCAUCCCCGGAAAUCCCGAUGGCGCUCACCCCCUCCAAAACCGCUCCCCUCACCUCCAACCAACGCCCACUUCGCAGUCCUCCUCGCCCCCCACCACCUCGACCCGCUCCCCGAACUUCCUCCCGCAGCCCAAUAGCAACAUGUCCCCGUCCUUCAACGCGGUGCCGGGGGCCACCGGUCAACCUAUAAGACCGCAGCAACCGCCCCCGCUGCGUCCGCAGGGCAAUCCACGGCAAUCACCCGGUCGACUGGUGACCAGCUACCCGAACUCGGGGGCGGCGCAGAACGGGCCGCGGAGCGCGCCGCAUCAAUUCUACCCCUCGCCAUUCCAGAACCACAUCGAUCAGCUUGAGCAAGAAUACGACGCCGAAGCCGACAUGGUCGACGAACCCUCCCCCAGCGACCCUCCCACCGCCCGCUCGCCCUACCCCCACAACUACUACAACCCCGCCUCUCAAAUGCAAAGCAUGCCCCCCCCUCCCGCCGUCGCCUCGCAAGGGCCCAACCAACCCUUCCCCCCGCCAACAGCCGCCCCGCCCCAGCCACCCCAGCCGCAGCAGCGGCGGCCACCGCCGCAGGGGGAGAGUGGGAUGAGCGGGGCGAACCGGUUGUUCGAUCCGUAUGAUCCGAUUUUGGACGCGGAUCCGUUUGGGUUGUCGGCGAGUAUGCAGUUCCCGACGCAGUUUACGUAUGAGACACGUUGA